AUGGAGCGGGCUCAAUUCGGUGGAACGUCAAAUGUCAUGAAUAACGAAGUCUCUUAUGGAAAUAUGGGGCCGUUAAGUAGGGCAUCAAUCGAAGAGGAUGAAAGAAGCAAUGACUCGGGAGGUGAAGAACAAUAUAGUGCACCAGUUGAUAGUAUGCAAUUUGUUACCCAAGAUGUCGAAGAUAAUCCGGAAUGGCCUGAUGAGGCUUACGUUAAUAAUGACUACGUUGAGUAUGAAGAACCACCCCCCGACGAGUUUGAAGAUGAUGAGUGGAUUCGUUCUUCCACAGUAAAAGAUAUGUGCAUCGGUGAAAGUUCAACUCGUAGAGGAGAUGAUGACGCCCCCUUUAAAGUUGGUGAUUUAUUCGAGACUAAAGACCAAUUGGUUGAUGCUAUUCGUGAAUACUCUUUCGAAAAGAAUUUCAAGUUCAAGCAAGUUAAAAGCAAUCGCACAAGUUAUGAUGCAAUAUGUUUUAUGAACACACAAAGAACAGGUCUGACCGAGGGAAAUGAAGCUGAUUACUCAUGUCCUUGGAAGUUAUAUGCAUUUGCAGGAAAGAAACACAAUUUUCAAUUUAGGAUCAGUGAAUACUGCGGUGUUCACACAUGUGUCAAUCCAAUAUUAGAGCAAGAUCACAGUGGUGCAUCUGCCUCUUACAUAGCGCGGUUGAUUAUGCCAAAAUUAAGGAAGAAGCUUGAUCUAACGCCCGAUAAUAUAAUUGAGAAAGUGCUUGAUACCAAGUUCAUUAAAAUCUCGUAUAUUAAAGCAUGGAAUGCAAGAAGAAUUGCGAUGACAAAAAUAUUUGGUGAUUGGGACAAGUCUUACGCGACACUAGCUCAAUAUCUUGAUGCGAUCAAAAGAAGUAAUCCUGGAUCUGAAUACAAACUCAUAACCAAAGAGAUCGAUCCGGGAGUUCAUCAAUUCACCUCCGUUUUUUGGGUAUUUGGGCCUUCUAUUGAGGGGUUUAAAUUUUGUCGGCCUAUUCUUAGCAUUGAUGGCACACACUUAUACGGUAAAUACAAGGGUGUACUGCUUGUUGCUACAGGAGUUGAUGCAGAUGGUGGCUUAUUUCCUUUGGCCUUCGCCGUUGUGGAGGUCGAGAACAGUGAAAAUUGGGAGUGGAUGAAAGGUAUUCCAAAAGCAUUGUGGAGGAGAUUUGGCUCUCAUCACCAUCAUCGCUAUUGCUUACGACACAUUAGAGCUAACUUCAAAAAGAGCUUUAGUCAGAUUCAUUUACAAAACCUUCUGUGGCAAGCGGGUUGUACGCCGGAAACAUAUGUGUAUGAUCGGAUACGCGAUCAAAUCAAGGCAACAUCUCAAGCUGCACAUGAUUGGAUUGAGAGAAGUCUGGGCAGUGAUUACGUCGACCGGUGGGCACUCAGUAAAGAUGGAGGGAAUCGGUUCUGCAUGAUGACAACCAAUUGUUCUGAAAGCUUCAACGGGGUACUUAAGGGGGCUCGGGCAAUGCCCAUACAGGCGUUGGUUGCGAGGACAUUUUAUAGGCUCAAUUACUAUUUUGUCAAGCGGCGAGAGGAUGGAGCAAUGUGGGCCUCGUUCUUGACACCAAAAAAUGAGGCGAUUUUAGAGGCUCGAGUUAAGCAGGCGAGAGGCACGAAGAUUGUUAGAUUUGCUGUAGAUGAAUGGGAGGUUACAGACAAACAUGGUCACAAUUACACCGUCAAUUUGGGAGGUGCACAUUGCACAUGCACCUGUAACAUACCAGAAUUGCAAAAAUUGCCUUGUCCACAUGUCAUAGCGGUUACGUCCAAGCAAUCGGGGGGUGCAAAUAUUUCGUAUUACACAUACGCUUCUGAGUGGUAUCAAUCAAGCAACUAUAGAGAGGCAUAUAAGCAGUGUUUCCACCCCGUACAUGAUAGUCGUUAUUGGCCACACUAUAACGGGCCGCAUGUGGUGCCUCCAAGCUAUAAGAGACAAGCCGGACGCCCACGAUCAGUACGCUUAAAAGGAAGUAUGAGUUUUCCAAGUAAAUGUGGGCUGGAAUGGGGUCUGCAAAAUGGUCGGGGUUGGGAACCCCGACCAUUUUGUGCACCCACACUGGCAUCGUGCCUGGGCUCUGCUAAAUGGUCGGGGUUGGCAACCCCGACCAUUUCGUCCUGA